GCCAACACCUCUCCAGCACAGCUUCUAGUUGAGCAGAACCAGGGUCUGCACCCUUUUGCAAAAGAGGAUUGAUUGAGUGGGAGGGUUGGAGGCUACGCAUCAGGCUGGUGUCCCAGAGGGGACAGGGAAAUGAGGCUACGCGGGGUGGGAGAGAAGAAAGGAGCGGAGCAGGGGUUAGAGAUGGAAGGGGAGGGGAGGGGUCGGUAGGGGAGUUUGGAGGAGAACUGGCUUAAGGCAGAAGUGGGAAGAACUGAGAAGAGGGGAGUCCAGGAAGCUGGACACCGAGCUGCUGGAUAAGUUGGAGCUGUUGAGAAGGGCAGGAAAGGUCUUGGGGGUCUGGGAAGGCAUCGAAAGGGAGAGGGGUCCUUGAUGGGAAGUAUGAAGUGGAGGUUGGGAGUCAAAAUGAGAUGUUCACAGGGAUGAGGAAAGAAGCAUAGCUGGCAGGAGGUCUGGGGUGAUAGUGUGAUGGGAGGGGUAGCCAUGAAUGGAGGUGAGGGAGGGAGAGUUGGCGGAUGCUAAGGAGACCUUUCUCAGGGUGGGGACCUAGCUUGAUCUGAGUCCAGAGCCUUCGGCAGGGAAGAAAAAUGUCAGAUGAAGAAGAUCUGGAAGACUUUGAGCCAGGCCUGGAUGAUCUGGAAAGAGAAGAUGACGAGAAGGAGACAGAGGAGUGGGAGGACUACAGGAAGGAGGGAGAAGACUCCGAGGAAUGGAUAUCCACCCCACUCACAGAGGACAUGAUGAAGGAAGGGCUUUCUUUGCUCUGCAAGACGGGUAAUGGACUGGCCCAUGCUUACAUCAAGCUGGAGGUUAAAUACAGGGAUCUGACAGACAUCUAUUUGCUGCAUUCCUACAUCCAUCUGCGCUAUGUGGAUGUUUCUGAAAACCACCUGACUGACUUGUCCCCACUCAAUUACCUCACCCACCUGCUCUGGCUCAAGGCUGAUGGCAACCGGCUUCGGAGUGCGCAGCUGAACGAACUGCCCUACUUGCAGAUCGCUAGCUUCGCCUAUAACCAGAUCACCGACACUGAAGGCAUCUCUCAUCCUCGUCUGGCCAGCCUGGAUCUCAAAGGGAAUCGCAUCCACAUGGUGACAGGUCUGGACCCCCAAAAGCUGAUCAGCCUGCACACACUGGAGCUUCGGAGGAACCAGCUGAACAGCACCCUGGGAAUCAACCUUCCUAAGCUGAAGAACCUCUUCCUGGUAGCUCACUGGCUCAGAGGGUGGCUGGCCCAGAACCUGUUGAAGAAAGUGGAAGGCUUGGAGAACCUAAGCAAUCUCACUACCUUGCAUCUUCGAGACAACCAGAUUGAAACUCUGAGUGGCUUCUCCAAGGAAAUGAAAUCACUGCAGUAUCUCAACCUAAGGGGCAACAUGGUGGCCGACCUGGGGGAGCUUGCCAAGCUGCGGGACCUGCCCAAGCUUCGAGCCUUGGUGCUGCUGGACAACCCCUGUACAGACGAGCACGACUACCGCCAGGAGGCCCUGGUGCAGAUGGCCCAUCUCGAGCGCCUGGACAAGGACUUCUACGAGGAGGAGGAGCGGGCUGAGGCCGAUGAGAUCCGGCAGAGGAUGAAGGAGGAGCAGGAGCAGGAGGCUGAGGCUGAGCCCGAGCCCGAAUCAGAACUGGACCAGUCAUCGGUCUAGCAGUUCCCCUAGCCUCCAAGGACAGUAAGGAAGCGGGGCAGGGAGGCAGGAAGAGGAGGCCAAGGGCCUGGCAGAUGGGGAAGGAGAGUUGCUGUAGGAGGAGGUGGGUGAAGAAGAGAACCCCUGGGGAGACCUGGGUUAGGAGUCAGGUGUGUCUCAGGCUGAGGAGAAAGAACCAGAAGGGCCUAGCAGGAGCUGAGAGAGGCUGAGGAGAUACAUCAGGAGGCCUGAGGAGUGAGCGAUGUGAAUGGGGUGGCAGGCAGAGAUGUGGGUGUGGGAUGGGCAGCCGGGUCUGAGGCAUGGUGGUGAGGGGGCAGGUUGGGGGCUGUGUAUGAGGACGGCAGCUGAGCCUAGGGAAGAAUGCAGGAGAGGAAGAUCCUACACUAAAGAGCCAAAGCUAAAAACAACAGGACUCAGGCUGAAGGAAGAAAGGAGGGCAGACUGAGGCAGAAAGAGACAGAGGCUAUGAACCCAGGGAAGGUGGCAGCUGGCAUUUCAGAUGGGGCAGGGGCAGCAGGGGGCCUGCAGUGGGGCCCAGAGGCUUGACUUCUGUCUCUUCCGCCAGGAGAUCUGGCCCCAAGCCUGAGAAGACUCCCAGUUGGGGGGGGGCCCACAUGCACACCCCCUCUUCCGGAGACAGAGGAUGCCUUCUCUUGCCCCAGGCCUGGCAAUUCAUCACAGCCAGCGGCCAAGGCUCUGUGACAGGCACCUGGGCAGCGGUGACUCGGCGGGGGGCAGCCCUCUGGUGGGAGCCAGGCCUGGAUGAGCUGAGGGGAUGCUUGAAGAAUGGGCGCAGAGGAGCU